AUGUUUUCUUCUUUGACCUCACGUUUAUCAUUAUCGACACGAUGUCUUCCAAUUGUCACUGGAAGAUUAUUUGUACGUCAGUUUGCUUCUGCUUCUGCAGAAACCGUAAACUUUAUAUUGUCAGAUAAUUCUUUUAAAGCUUACAAAUGUGAUCCACCUUCACUCGAUAUCGAUGUUACAAAAGACGAAAUAGUCCAAUUGUAUAAGCAAAUGGUUGUAAUGCGUAGAAUGGAAACCGCUGCUGACGCACUGUACAAGUCAAAAAUGAUUAGAGGUUUUUGUCAUUUAUGUACCGGUCAAGAAGCAGUUUCCGUAGGUAUGGAAUCUGCAAUUACGAAAGAUGAUGCUAUUAUCACCGCGUACCGGUGUCACGGAUUCACUUUUAUUCGUGGUGGAACCGUUCACUCUAUUUUAGCAGAGCUUAUGGGUCGUUCGACUGGUAUUUCAAAAGGAAAGGGUGGUUCUAUGCAUAUGUUCUCAAAAAAUUUCUUUGGAGGUAACGGCAUUGUCGGUGCUCAGGUUCCUGUUGGAACGGGUAUAGCAUUUACGCAAAAAUAUUUGGAUAAAAAGAAUGCCACAUUUAUCUUGUAUGGAGAUGGAGCAGCAAAUCAAGGACAAGUAUUUGAAGCUUACAACAUGGCUAAAUUAUGGGAUUUACCAGCGAUAUUUGUUUGUGAGAAUAAUUUCUAUGGAAUGGGAACAUCGGCAAGUAGAAGUUCAGCUAAUACACAAUAUUAUACUAGAGGUCAAUAUAUCCCAGGUCUUCAAGUCAAUGGGAUGGAUAUUCUAGCUGUGAAGAAAGCAUGUUCAUGGGCAAAAAAUUGGGUAAUUAAUGAGCAAGGUCCUAUUGUAUUGGAAAUGGUCACAUAUCGUUAUGGUGGUCAUUCAAUGUCUGAUCCAGGUACAAGUUAUCGUACACGUGAAGAAAUUCAACACAUGAGAAGUACGAAUGAUCCUAUUACAGGUUUAAGACAAAGAAUUUUGGAUUAUAGUAUUUGGACUGAAGCUGAGAUGAAGCAAUUUGAUAAAGAAGCAAGAGCAGAAGUUGAAGAAGCGGUAAAUAAAGCACAAAAUGAUACGCAGCCCGAUCCUGAUCAAUUAUUUACAGAUGUCUAUGCUAAAGGAACUGAACCUCCAACUAUUCGUGGUCGCGAACGCGAAGAAUUUGCUGUUAUGUAUCAAUAA